AUGGCUUCUCCUGGUGGUAACAUGUUUCCCCUUGAUCUUGACUUCAUGACAUUUGCUGGAUUCAGCGCAGUUGCCCUCGGAGGCUUGCUGAUGUCCAUGUUUCUGUCUAAAAAUCGACUGAAGAGAAACGAGACCCAGGGUCUUCUCAAACCGUUUUUGCAUUUCUUCUACUCAUGCUUUAUCAAGCCGCAUACUGGUGACAAGAAAGGCACCCAACAGGAUGCCCUAGAAAGCUUCUACAAGACGCAAGCCGGCGCUUAUGAUGCAACCAGAAAGAUUCUUCUCCAAGGCAGAGAAGACAUGCUGGCACUAGUUGCGGCGCAGCUAGAAGCUAGGGGUAAAAGCCACAAGCAAGAGGAAAUAAUCUGGGUUGACAUUGGAGGCGGAACGGGGUGGAAUAUCGAAGCUAUGUCCGUCUUUGUGAAUGUCCCUGAGUUUUUCUCAAGUGUUUAUCUUGUUGAUUUCUCUCCGUCCCUCUGCGAAGUUGCUCGACAGCGCUUCCGACGUCUUGGCUGGAAGAACAUUAUUGUUGUUUGUGAAGACGCUAGCAAAUUUCGACUCGAGGAUUACGCAAACGGUCUUCCUGGCAGUUAUACGCCCACUUUAAGUGAUUCCCACCAAAACCACACCAAGCAUGGGUGUGUGGAUCUUAUCACCAUGUCCUAUAGCCUGUCCAUGAUGCCUGACUACUAUUCCAUCAUUGAGUCGCUCACCUCGCUCAUCUCCCCCGACGGUCUGAUAGGAGUCGUCGAUUUCUACGUUCAAUCCAACGUAGACUUCGCUUUUCGAAACUACAGUGGUGGUCUUCUUGGACGCCACGUCAAUUGGUUCCUGAGGACCUUCUGGCGCGCAUGGUUUGACCUCGACCGGGUCGGUCUCGAGGGCAGUCGCCGAGACUAUCUUGAGUACAAAUUCGGCACUGUUCUCAACGUCAACACCCGGAACUUCUCUCUCGGUCACAUCCCGUACUACAUAUGGGUCGGGCGUCAUAAGGAUCACUUCUCCUAUACGGGUCUUCCUCAUGAGAUUAUCGAAAGAAUCGAUGCUUUUGCCACGGAGUCUCCCUACCGCCAGAUCCAGAAUUGUACUUUCACUAGUGCAGCAGAGAGACCGGUGUCCAAAACGCGCUCCAAAGCUUUUACAGCUGCAAUUCAGAACAUUUAUACAAACCUGCCUCUGCCCUCAUCUUUCUACCAGAACUACCACUGGCGUAUCUACUAUGAUGACCAGCUUCAAAAACAUACACAGUUCAACAACGAGUAUAUUUACGCUUUCACAUGGGAAGAUGCUCGAGUGGAUGAGGGCCUGCUCAAUCUCGGACCAGAUGAUGUAGUGUUGGCUAUUACUAGCGCUGGAGAUAACAUACUCUCUUAUGCGACAAAGAGCCCGGCCAGAAUCCACGCCGUCGAUCUGAACCCUACGCAGAAUCAUCUUCUGGAAUUAAAGGUUGCGUCUUACAUGGCCUUGCCAUACGAGGACUUUUGGAGACUCUUUGGAGAGGGAAAACACCCUGGUUUUCGUACCCUGCUGCUCAGUCAACUUUCUCCGUACCUCUCCAGCCGAGCGUUUCAGUACUGGUUUGAAAAUGCCCAUGUAUUCUCUAAUACCAGCGGAAAUGGCUUGUAUGAUACGGGAGGUUCACGUCAUGCCAUUCGCGCCAUCCGUUGGAUCUCAUUUAUUUUCGGCUGCCGUGCCGCCUUCCGGGAUUUUCUCGCCACGAAGACGCUAAACGAACAACGUGAUAUUUGGCUCAGCAGGAUCCGUCCGGCCUUGCUUUCCAAACUAGUAUGCAAACUCGUCGUCAGCCAAGAAAGCUUUCUCUGGGCCGCUCUAGGCGUCCCCAAGAACCAGCUCGCCAUGAUUGAAAGCGAUCACGCUGAAAGCGAAGCUGUCAGUGGCCCUAACCCGACAGAUCGCAAGACCCGCUCUCACGCAAUAUGGAAAUACAUGGUCGACACCUUUGAUCCAGUCGCCGAUCAGACGCAUGUCGGUGCUGACAAUCCCUACUAUCAGGUCUGCAUGACCGGUGCCUUCACCCGCAGGUGUCACCCGGAUUAUCUCUCUAAGAAGGCGUAUGCCAAGCUCUCCAGCCCAGGUGCUCUAGACGGUCUGCAAAUCCACACAGAAGAUGUCAACGAGGUCCUUAAUCACAUAACCCCCGACACACUGACCGUCGCCGUUGUCAUGGACAGCAUAGACUGGUUCGACCCGAGCGCCGCAGCCGCAGCCUCCCAGAUUACCAAAUUGAAUCGCAGUCUCAAGAUGGGUGGCCGGGUACUUCUGCGCUCCUCGGCACUCGUCCCUUGGUAUAUGAAGACGUUCGAGGCCCACGGCUUUUCCCCCAAACGAGUUGGUGCGCGUAUAAGUGGCGCCUGCAUCGACCGCGUCAACAUGUAUGCGUCAUGUUGGAUCUGCACGAAGGUGGAGAAUUUGGGCUCGUCGCCCGAGAUAGACCGCAUGCAUGACCUGGACAUUAGGAGCAUGUCUACUGAGGUCUGA